AUGUCUGACAAACCUGAUAUGGCUAAGAUAGAGAAAUUCAAUAAAUCAAAAUUGAAGAAGACAGAAAUGCAAGACACAAAUCCACUGCCUUCAAAAGAAACAACUGAACAGAAGCAAGCCAGUGAAUCGUGA